AUGAUCUGUGGAUAUGGCGGAUUGUCACAAUCGCCAAAGGCCAAGCCAGUUGAGAAAAGCAUCACUGCUGCAAAAAGUCGGUGUCCCAAGACGGUCCUCCCAUUUUUGAAUGGCAUUUACGAGCCCCUACCCAUUUUUGACGCGCAGAUAUGGAACGAGGAGGAGACUGGUCUUUUGGAGGAGCUGUUGAGGCGCCAUGGCCGACUUGAUGACGCCAUCAUCGCCCCGCCCUUCAUGCACGACCAGCCACACUACAAGACUCCCCCACGUGCAGAGGACCCUCAGAUAUCGGCUCAAAGUGAGCAGGGGAGUGGUCGCUUGGAGAAGCUGUUGCCAUGCCAUGGGCAACUUGAUGACCCCAUUACUGCCCCGCCCUUCAUGCACGACGACCAACCGCGCUCACAUGUAGUGAGUCGACUCAAAACACGCCAUGGGAGACUUGAUGACCCCAUCACUGCCCCGCCCUUCAUGCACCACGAGUCGGACUACCAACCGCGCGCACAUGCUGAGGACCCUCAAAUCUCGACUCGGAGUCCGCAGGAGAGUGGUCUCUUGGAGGAGCGGUUGAGCUGCUAUGGGCGACUGCAAGCUCCUCUUCCAAUGCAACCCCAAGAGCCCGAAACCUCACAUCACAGAGAUGGUCGGCUGUUGGGGCGUCACGGGCGGCUUGAAGAUUCCACUACUGUGGCGGCAUUGGGAAAUCCUCCGUCUCGCUUGCCCUUGCUUCCCCAAGAGCCCAUGGCGCUUAAGUCCCAUUCGAGGGAUUUUUUGGAAAGAGCUGUGGCUGAGCUGUUUGAGGAGCAGCAGCGACAGCAGCAGGAGCAGCAGCAAGUGGCACAGGAGAGCUGGAUCGCACGGGCUUUAAGCACCCCCGCAGCACAGAAUAAGGUGGCAGCAGGCUUUGGAGGUAUGACUACCAUCAACAGAGAUGCAGUAGCAUCGGCCUCUCUAAUGCAGCAGCAGGAGCAGAAGCAACAGAUGCAGCAGCAGCAAGUGGCAGAGGAGAGCUGGAUCGUACGGAGAGCAAGUGGCUCCAGAGGCAUCACUACUACCAUCAACCGGGAUGCGGCAGCAUCGGCCUCUCUGGUGCAGCAGCAGCAGCAAGUGGCGACAACCAGCUGGGUGGCACAGGCUGAGCUGGCAGGGCUGGCUCUGCCGCCCGAUCUUAUCCGAGAAUCUGCACGUGCCGCCCGGUUGCUGAGGGGGUUGCAGGGAAUGGAGCUGGAGGAGAAUGUGAUUCUGGACGAACGAAUGUUGCGGGAAGGAGGGUUGGUGCAGGAGAGGAUGAUGCAGAAGGGAGGGAUGCAGGAGCCUUCUUUUGAGGUGCCUCGAGAGUGCACAUGGCAGGAGAAGGCAUGGCAGGAGGGGCAAGGCAGUGCCAGCAUGCCGCAGCAUGCAUCUGCGGGCGAGCUUACUGGCCCAGGCAGCCUCAACUCACCUGAGAAUGCUUCACUUUCAGCCUCCCCAACAACCCCUCCUGCUGCUGCCGGCACUGUUGUUGCUGCUGACGGUGCUGCUGCUGUUUCUGCUGCGUCUGAUGCUGCUGUUUCUGCGGCUGCUGCUGCUGCUGCUGCCUACCCGCCCACUUCUUUCUUCACGCCCAGAUCUUGUGCUUCCCUCCCCCUCCUCCUGUCUCUCCCCCUGUCCCUCCCCUCCUCUUCUACCCACCCACCCCUCCUCCAUUCCCUUCCCUCUCUUCUCGUUCAAUACUGUACCUUUGGCCUUAUCGGAAUCCGGUGCUUGUAUCAAAUGUGA